AUGUCGGACAGUAUUCUGGAGGAGAUUUUUAUAAAGCGCUCUCAGCAAAAGAAGAAAACCUCGCCAUUAAACUUCAAAGAGAGGCUAUUCAUUCUCACACAAGAUAAGAUCUCCUACUACGACUAUGACUCUGAAAAAGGGAAAAGGAAAAGUCUGAAGGGUUCAGUUGACAUUGACAAGAUUAAAUGUGUUGAGAUUGUGUUUCCUGAAGACAACGCACCCCAGGAGAGACAGUACCCGUUCCAGAUUGUAUAUGAUGAAGGCCCACUUUAUGUUUUUGCCAAGACAGAAGAGGUCCGGAAGCAGUGGAUACACAAGCUGAAACAUGUGGUGCGGUUCAAUAAGGACCUGAUGCAAAAGUACCAUCCAUGUUUCUGGGAGGAUGGCAUGUGGAAAUGUUGUCAGCAGGAGGUCAAACAAGCCAUGGGUUGCCGAGUGCUGGAGACAAGAAAUGGAGGGUUUUCCACCAAAGGAUCUCGCCGCAAGUCCAGAAAACCCCUACCGCCAACGCCACAGGAGGUCUGUUCAUUAUCUGCCCCCAGACCUCUACCACCACAACCGCCCCCAGAGUCUGGUCCAGCAGUGGGCAUGACAGUUAUCGCUGAGUACGACUACACACCCGUGACAGACCAGGAUUUGGAGUUGAGGAAGGACGAGGAAUACACCAUUCUGGAGGUGAACGACCGCAAUUGGUGGAAAGCUCGAGACAAAUACGGCAAGGAGGGAUAUAUUCCAAGUAAUUACGUUGUUGAAGCUAUGAAUGGGUUGGAGAGAUUUCACUGGUACUGCAAGAACAUGAACCGCAGUCAAGCAGAGAAUCUUCUAAAGACCGAGAAUAAAGAUGGUGGGUUCCUGGUACGAGACUCAAGCAAAGCUGGAAAGUACACUGUCUCUGUGUUCACAAAAGGUGGAGGGGAGACAACAGGUGUCUGCAGACACUAUAACAUAUGCACCACUCCACAAGGCCAGUUCUACUUGGCAGAAAAGCACAACUUCAGUAGCAUCCCAGACCUAAUCAAUUACCACCAGCAUAAUGCUGCAGGUUUGGUGAGCAGGUUAAAAUAUGUUGUGUCAAUUCAGACACAGAAUGCACCAUCCACUGCUGGUCUCGGAUAUGGGGUGUGGGAGAUCGAUCCACGUCACCUCACAUUCAUUAAAGAGCUCGGCAAUGGGCAAUUUGGGGUGGUGAAGUAUGGAAAGUGGCAAGGCCAGCAUGAUGUAGCCAUUAAGAUGAUUAAAGAGGGCUCAAUGUCUGAGGAUGACUUCAUUGAGGAGGCUAAAGUCAUGAUGAAGUUGCGUCAUGAAAACUUGGUUCAGCUUUAUGGUGUUUGCACGAAACAAAGACCUAUUUACAUUGUGACCGAGUUCCUCUCUAAUGGGUGUCUGCUGAGUUACCUGCGGGAGGUCCUUGAACACCCCUCAGCUAUUGUGCUGUUGGAAAUGUGUAAAGAUGUCAGUGAGGGCAUGGCAUACCUGGAAUCCCAGGGCUUCAUUCACAGAGACUUGGCUGCCAGGAACUGUUUAGUAGACAGCAAUGGGACAGUUAAAGUGACUGACUUUGGUCUUUCAAGGUAUGUGUUAGAUGACGAAUAUACAAGCUCUGCAGGCUCCAAGUUCCCAGUGCGUUGGUCACCUCCUGAGGUCCUCCUGUACUGCAAGUUCAGCAGCAAGUCUGAUGUCUGGGCAUUUGGAGUUCUGAUGUGGGAGGUCUACACCCUUGGACGGAUGCCAUAUGAGAGGCUCAAUAACACUGAAAUAGUGGAAAAAGUAUCAUCUGGCUAUCGCCUGUAUCGCCCCCAACUGGCCAAUGACAAAAUCUAUUCCAUUAUGACAAGCUGUUGGAAUGAGAAACAUGACGAGAGACCUCCAUUUAAGGAUCUUGUACACCACAUUCAGGAUUUGCUAUACAAUAUGCAGUAAACAUGGUGUGACUGGAUUUCUGAGACAGGCAUCAGCAAGAGAGACUUAGAAGACCAGAAGUCGUAAUUUGCAAUGCUCUAUUAAAAAAGGACUUUUGAAAAAACUGAGAAUAUGAAAUACUGAGAAUCUGAGCCUGCUGUGGAGUGGGACGUGGAAAGCUCUUAGAGACCCUAUAAUGUGAAUACGUAAUUAAUUAGUUAAUUUUUCUUUUGAAUCUGUUGAGACAACAGAAAUCAUGCAGUUAUAAUUGUGCAUACAUGGGUUAAAAAGCCAACUGAGGUGUAUUUCAAUAUUGUAUUGUUUUGUUCUUGCUUUGCUCCUUUGUUUAAUUUCAUACAAAAUGUAUAUUGAAUGACGUAGCAAGCAAAUCUAACUUUUAGACUGAUUUCAAAUUUGAUAAAUUAUUUAAAUAAGCGGUAGUCAACCCUCAUCUAAAACAGUCGGUUUCAAUUUAGAUGCAACUUUAACUGUUUGGAUUGAAGGUGGCACAAAAUUCUACAGGAGGCAUGAUCUUCAAUGGGAUGUUUCACUACUGCUGUUUUACAUUGUACAUGAAUAUUAGGAACAUAGCUAUGUGUUACAGAGUGCUCACAAUGAUAU